AAAAAAUAAUGGGGUUUGUUGUACUGAUAGGAAACCACCAUUUCAAAGGUGAAAGUGUCAUUUUACAGCCUCCCAGCUAUGCCUGACAGGAAGUGUGUGUUUGCUCUAAAUCCUAAUUUGGGUGUGUUCCUGUAGAAAUGUUGAACGCCUCCUAAGGGAAACAGAAACUCAAUCAUGCAGGAAACUAGAUACUGCAAAAACAGUUGUAGCUCAGCGUGGCUGUAAGUAACAGUGGUCUGGAGGCAAAAAGCCCUGUUGCUGGUUAGAGAGCAACCAGACAGUUCUCACCAUCCCGUCACUAUGAGAGUUCGAAGAUUGCCCUUGGACAUUCAGAUUUUGUAUUGUGCCAGACCUGACCAAGAGCCUUUUGUGAAGGUAUGUUGGAGCCCUGAGAGCACGGGCGAAACUUUCCUCUACACGUUUAGCCCAAAUUUCAAGGUCUUUAAGUGGAGUGGAGAAAACUCAUACUUUAUCAAUGGAGACAUAAGUUCUUUAGAACUUGGUGGUGGAGGGGGGCGAUUUGGUUUAUGGCUAGAUGCUGAUUUAUACCAUGGACGAAGCAACUCCUGCAGCACUUUCAAUAAUGAUAUUCUUUCCAAAAAAGAAGAUUUCAUAGUUCAGGACCUUGAAGUUUGGACAUUUGAGUAAAAUUCAGACUGCCUUAAAAUA